UCUCAGUAGUGGUAUCAUUUCAUCAAUACCAAAACCCCUCGUUUCUUUUCUUCCUCUCCCACUCGCCGAGUACUCUUCCGACCAUCUUCUUAUAUUAAGUCCGACUCGUCUUUUCGCCCCCACCCCCUUAUUUCCUGUUCUUAUCACCUAACUUUGAAGGGUUUCCUGCAUUGAACACGAAGCAGGAUGACCUCACGUAUCGACAAGACCAUUGCCCGACAACAAGAAAAGAUAGCCUCUGGUGCUUAUUACGAAGCUCAUCAGCAAUUGAGGGUCAUCGCUGCGCGGUAUAUCAAGCAAGCAAAUUACGAUGCUGCGGCGGAGCUGUUGGCCGGGGGUGCGACUGCGCUUUUAAGAGCUGGAUCCCAGCAAGGUGCUUCUGCCAGCGGAGGGGAUUUGGCCAUUAUGCUCGUCGUUGAGGUGUACACGAAGGCGGGGUGGGUGAUUACUGGAGGUGACGAUGAUACUGAAGGCCGCGCUCGAAAGAAGCGUCUUAUCGAGCUACUACAUGAAUUCCCAACCGAUGAGCCAACGCGCAAAAGGUUCAUACAGGAGAUGAUUGGCUGGAGUGGACGGUUUGGACCUCUGGAGAGAGGCGAUCCUGAGUUGCAUCACGCAGCGGGAUCGGUGUAUGCUGAAGACCAUGAACCCUAUGACGCCGAAAAGCAUUUAGUUGUCGGAACGUCAGAAUCAGCCGAGACUUUGGCAAAGCUCGAGUACGAGUGGUAUGAAAAUGAUGAACCACACACGGCAGCGAUCUAUGCAUCACGCGCAGUCUUUCCAUACCUCCUGACCGGAAAUUUACGCAGUGCUAAUAAGGCGUUCCUUAUCUUCACAUCGAAGCUUUCGUCAUCCAAUCCUUCGCUCCCGUCCCAGGAUGUCAGCAGCGCUAGCACCGACGUGCGAGUCUUUCCCGCACUGCCUUUAUUGAAUUUUAUCAGCAUGCUUCUCCUUACGAUCCAACGUGGCAGUGCGGACCUUUUUAAGGAGCUGACCUCGCACUAUGCAUCGCAAAUUCAAGAGGUCGGUAUCUGGGAUGAUUUCUUGGCUCAGAUUGGUGAGCAGUACUUUAGUAUUAAGAUCCCAAGGCAGGGCAACCCUUUGCUGGAUAUGAUGGGAAGUAUGUUGUUCGGAGGUGGCCAGAGUGCAGGUGAGAGGAUGCCGCAUGGCAGAGGACAGUCCAGGGAAGUCGAAGCGCCACCAGCGAAUCCCGACCUCGACUAGUUAAACUGAAGGCAGGAUCCAUGAUAUAGACGGGCCAGAAACAGUAUGCACAACUUGACAUGAAGAUACAAAUGCAGCGAAGUGGAUGGGGGCAUUAACUAGAACCGCGAAUCAGGUUCUGACUCGUAUAUCCAAUUGUCUUCAUCUAAAGAGGCCACUUUGUGGCGAAGGCUUUGAU